GACUUUUAUUUUGAAAUUGCAUAAUUUCCUGCUGUUGAAAAAACUCUUCGCUGUCUGUAGCGCUUCUGCAUCUUCCGUCGCGGCCCGUCUGUUAACUAGAAUUGUGCUUUGGAAUUGAAAGCUAAUCGAUUGAAGAUGAAUGUGAUCGAUCAUGUGCGGGAUAUGGCAGCGGCCGGACUGCACUCUAAUGUCCGGAUCAUCAGUAGUUUACUCCUGACCAUGAGCACCAACAACCCUGAGCUUUUCUCACCGUCUCAGAAGUACCAGCUGCUGGUGUAUCAUGCUGAUGCUAUUUUCCAUGAUAAAGAGUACAGGAACGCAGCCUGUAAGUACAACAUGGCUUUACAGCAGAAGAAAGUGCUCAGCAAAAUAUCUAAAGUGCGUCCAUCCAGCACAGGCGGCACAACAUCUGCAGUUCAGGCACAGAACUUCCCGUCAGAGAUUGAAGUGAAAUAUAAAAUCGCAGAGUGUUAUACUAUUCUGAAGCUGGAUAAAGAUGCCAUAUCCGUGCUGGAGGGAAUCCCUUCACGCCAGAGAACACCAAAGAUCAACAUGAUGCUGGCGAAUCUUUACAGGAAGGCUGGUCAGGAGCGUUCAGCCGUCACAAGCUAUAAGGAGGUGUUGAGACAGUGUCCUCUGGCUCUUGAUGCUAUUAUUGGGCUUCUGUCUCUGUCGGUGAAGGGGGCAGAGGUCGCUUCCAUGACGAUGGACGUGAUUCAGAGCAUCCCGAAUCUUGAUUGGCUGUCUGUCUGGAUUAAAGCACAUGCUUUCACACACGGAGGGGACAAUCAGAGAGCCAUCAACACUAUCUGCUCUUUGGAGAAGAAGUCACUCUUGAGGGAUAACGUUGAUCUUUUAGUCACUCUGGCAGAUGUGUACUUCAGGGCUGGAGACACCAAAAACUCCAUCCUGAAGUUUGAGCAGGCACAGAUGCUCGACCCUUACCUGAUCAAAGGUAUGGAUGUAUACGGCUAUCUUAUGGCUAGGGAGGGUCAUCUGGAAGAUGUGGAGGUUCUCGGAGGACGAUUGUUCAACAUAUCUGACCAGCAUGCUGAGCCCUGGGUCAUAUCUGGAUGUCACAGUUUCUACAGUAAGCGUUACUCUCGUGCCCUGUAUCUGGGAGCUAAAGCCAUCCAGCUGAACAGCAACAGUGUGCAGGCGCUGCUCCUGAAGGGGGUGGCGCUGAGGAACAUGGGCCGAGUGCAGGAAGCCAUCAUACACUUCAGAGAAGCCAUGAGACUGGCGCCCUGUCGUCUGGACUGCUAUGAAGGUCUGAUUGACUGCUAUCUUGCCUCUAAUGGUGUCCGGGAGGCUAUGGGAAUGGCCAACAAUAUUUACAAGACCCUGGGAGCGAACGCCCAAACUCUCACCAUCCUGGCCACAGUGUGUCUGGAAGAUCCCAUGACCCAGGAGAAGGCCAAGACUCUGCUGGACAAAGCCCUCGCUCAGCGGCCCGACUAUACCAAAGCUGUCGUGAAGAAAGCAGAGCUCCUCAGUCGAGAACAGAAGUAUGAGGAAGGAAUAGCACUUCUACGGAACACUUUAGCCAAUCAGAGCGACUGCGUGCUGCACAGGAUGCUGGGGGAUUUUCUCGUAGCUGUUAAUGACUAUCAGGAGGCCAUGGACCAGUACAGUAUAGCGCUAAGCCUCGAUCCGAAUGACCAGAAGUCUCUGGAGGGCAUGCAGAAGAUGGAGAAGGAGGAGAGUCCCACAGACGCCACGGUGGAGCUGGACGGGGACGAUAUGGAGGGCAGCGGGGAGGAGGGAGAUCUGGAGGGCAGCGACAGCGAGGCGGUGCAGUGGGCCGAUCAGGAGCAGUGGUUCGGCAUGCAGUGACCCUCAGCACUCAUUAAGAGACUCUUCAGAAAAACAUCCACACUCAUGGAUUUUGAUGUGUGAGAGUGGAGAGAUGCCAUUAUUGCUCACUGCUGCUGUCUAGUGGUGAGUUACGAACACUGACUUUAUUCGGAUUUGUGGAUGACAUUUGGAUUUGUUUGGUAGCUUGUCCUUAAAGUUUCCAGUUUUGUCAUAUCCAAAGAUUAUCUUUCUCAUACAGCACUACACAGAUUCAGUCUGUCGCCAGCUUGGCCACAAGGAUGGUAUAAUCUUUUUUUCAACAGUGUGUCUACAGUGCUGCAGAUGUUGGACUAAAUACACAAAUGAUUCACUCUUAAUGUAUUUUCUAACAGUUUUUAAACAUCAUGGGCUUCACUUUUGCUGUUUUGGGUUAAACACAGGACUAGGCAACUGUGCUACUUAUUUUUCAUAAAGGUGUCAGAUCUGUCAUUUGUUUUGCAUGCUCUAAGCUUUUUUCAGUAAAAGUGAUGAUUGUUAGAGACGUCUUUUAAAUGAACCACAAUCACACAAAAUCUUUGUUUUUUUUCUGAUUUGGUGUGUAAUGAAAACAUGUCAAAGUCGUAUAUCACGCCAAAAUAAAAAGAAAAUGUUUUGUGUAGAAAAUGAAUCCUGUUAGGAAUUUCACAUUUUUAUGGCAUUCAAGUACAUUUCACCCAUUCAUUUAAUGCUCAUUCAGCGUGGUGAUUUCUAUUAAGAUAAUGCAGCGAUACUAUUUAAAUGUUCUUGUUUUUUUGCUUUGAUGAAAAUUUUUAUAUUAAGAGAUUUAUUGCUUAUGCAACAGUGGUUUAUUUUAUGCAUUUUUUUCCCCCCUUUUGGUUGUGGUGUGAAUAACUCCUAUAAAUUCAUUUCUGUAGCCCUAUGCGCAUUAUUUUUUUUCAUUGUCUUGUUUUGUUUCUGUAUUGUUGUAAAUAAGGCU